AUUAACGUUUCAGCUUUCUCUAGGCAGUUUUGCAACCUGAACACCGGCGGCGGUGGCAACUUUAACGCGCCUUUUCUCUUUUCUAUCUAUACGAUCCGAUUUGCUUUGUUCACUCAAAUUUCUCUUCCCUUUUUAUCCCAACCUUGGAUUAAUACUCCGGUAAUUCAAGACUUCUUUGAUUAAAAGUUUGGUUUUUUGGGGCCUUAAUUUUUAGUAAUUAGGAAUGAUAGAAAGGGCUCGAAUUAAGCUGAGCCCAUGGCAGCAGGCGGCGGUUGCAGUAGGUUCAGCGGUGGGUGCGUUGCUCGAUCCACGAAGGGCUGAUUUAAUAGCUGCUUUAGGAGAGACAACUGGAAAGCCUGCUUUUGAAAGGGUUCUUGAGAGAAUGAGGAGGAGCCCCGAAGGCAGAGCAGUGCUCAUUGAGCGGCCACGGGUUAUAUCUGCAAAGGUUGGUCAUGCAUGGGAUCUACCAGAGAACACUUUUGGUGCUGCAUAUGCAAGGUUCAUGGGAUCCAGGAAUUUUUCCCCGGAUGACAGGCCGCCUGUGCGAUUCAUGGACACAGAUGAACUUGCAUAUGUGGCUAUGCGAGCUCGUGAGGUGCAUGACCUCUGGCAUACCCUUUUUGGCCUUCCUACCAACUUGAUUGGGGAAUCUGCAUUGAAGGUUAUUGAAUUUGAGCAAAUGCAUCUCCCCAUGUGCCUGCUUUCAGUUGUAGGUGGGACGUCAAGGUUUAAUGCGAAACAAAGAAAAUUGUUCUUCCAGCAUUAUUUCCCAUGGGCUGUCAAGGCUGGUUUUCAGUGUACAGAUCUCAUGUGUGUAUAUUACGAGCAGCACUUUCAUGAAGAUUUGGAGGAUGUUCGAAGGAAGUGGGGGGUAAUUCCGGCUCCUACUGUCCCCAAGUAAAGUAUUAGCCAAGAACGGCAUCAUAGUAGUACAUUUGGUAUUUACAAGCACUUUGCCCCCUACCCAGUAUCCCUUCCUGAAUAGAUGCGGUGACUGCAAUUUUCUCGACUACUUUAGCAUUGAAUGACAUUAAAUAAAAAAACUUGUCUACUGUUUACAAUUUUCCAUUUGUGGUUGUCAUGAAAAUUUGGGGAUGCUUGUAUCUAUGAAAGCGGAUGAUAGAUCUUGUGGUAAUCCAAAAUUCACAUAUAAACGAAUAAAAAAAAUUGCUUUGAACUGUAGAA